AUGUUUCACCACCCAGGCUAUCGGAAGCAGCACUCUUGUUAUCCGUCUUCUUCAGAGCUCUCUCUCUCUCAAAAGGUGUUGAGAUAUAGAGUUUGUCUUGUGGUUGAUGCCCAAGAACCGAAGCGCACAAGGGAUGGUCCUGUUACCUCUAGCUGGGUGUGUUGUCACUUCACUUGCAAAGAUGGGAACACGUUUCCUUCUGCUAGUUUUCGAAUCCCAAUUGAUUUGCCGCGUCGGAUAGAUAAUCAUUUGCUUAUAUUCGACUGUUGUUUCCCUCUGAGCAAACACAAUGAUCCGCUGCUUGAGCUUGAUACAGAGAUACAUUUCACCAGUGACUCACUGUGCAAGAUAAGAGGAUGUGGUGUACGACUCUUUGAGGCUUUUCCAUCGCUGAAUCUUCGUGUAAUUGUUUGGAAAGGAGAUGCAAGUAAAUUUAAUAGUGUUCUUGGCAAGAAGACUGAACAACACGGUGAAGAGACAGAGAGAAGCAGGAAACGAAUCAAGAUAACAUGA